AUGGGUUCGAAGAAGAAGCACGCAGGGAGGGAGUCUGCUGAUGGAGAUAGUGCUAAUAUUGUGAGUGUCCCGACAAAGGUUCAAGACGAUCGGUUUAGUGUUUUGCUAAAGAAUGUUAUGUCUAUGAAUUCAAAUGGAUGUUGUUUUGCUCAAGAAGUUGAAGGGUGUUCACCUAAUCAAAGAGCCAUUCAAAAAUAUAUUGAUUUCGGUGUCAUCAACUUGGAUAAGCCCUCAAAUCCAUCAUCUCACGAAGUUGUCGCUUGGGUGAAGAACAUUCUCCAAGUAGAAAAAACCGGCCACAGUGGAACUCUUGAUCCAAAAGUUUCUGGUUGUUUAAUCGUCUGUAUCGAAAAGGCAACUCGUCUUGUUAAAUCACAACAAAAUGCGGGGAAAGGAUACGUUUCUAUUUUGCGCCUGCACGGACAUGCUAAGUUGGAAGACCUCAAAAGAGUUUGUGAAGAAUUGGAGGGCUCACUUUACCAACGUCCACCAUUAAUUUCUGCCGUUAAAAGAAACUUGCGUAUUCGUGGCAUCAAAGAUCUCGAUAUCCUUGAGUUUGAUGAGAAUAGGGGACUUGCUAUUUUGGAAGUAAAUUGCCAAGCAGGAACCUACAUUCGUACUCUCUGUGUCCAUGCCGGAUUAUUGCUUGGUGUUGGUGGUGUAAUGGAAGAAUUGAGAAGAAUAAGGUCUGGUGUUCUGACCGAAUGUGACAACAUGGUUACCAUGCACGACGUUCUUGAUGCUUACUGGAUGUACGUUAAUCAAGGAGAUGAGAGGUAUUUGCGAAAGAUUAUCAUGCCUCUGGAAAAUAUUCUCGUCAAUCACAAGCGUAUCAUUGUUAAGGAUUCUGCUGUUGCUGCUCUUUGUUUCGGAGCUGCGUUGUGCAAAACUGGCAUCAUCUACUUCGAUAAUGACAUUCAACAGGGCGAAGAGAUUGUUCUUGUAUCAUCUAAGGGUGAAGCAAUUGCUCUCGCUACUGCAAGGUGUAAUACCGAGGGAAUCGCUAUUUCCACCUAUGGUUUUGUUGCAAAACUCAAGAGGGUAAUAAUGGAGAGGGACCACUAUAGAAGACAGUGGGUUGAAACGAGAAAGAAGAGAAAAGAAAGAGAAGCUGGUGGACUUUCGACACCGGGUGCUGUAAAACAAGAAACUAAACUCGCUUUGAAUACGGAUGCCGAGGAGAUGCAAACGGAAAAGCCUCCGGACACCUCUGGUCGUCCUAAGAAACGCCCCCGUAGUAGCGAAGACUAA